UGAGAAGAUCUGUGAGUUAGGAUCGGGAACGUGUCAUUCCCGCAAGGUUGAUACGCACGCGGUGUGCGCUUUACUUUUCCUGCGAAUGCCCUCCCAAACUAUUCUUAGCUUCCACCAAAAUCAACUUCACUCGAUAUUACAAAAGCUUUCCCGACGCCUCGAUCCUGGUUUCUUGUUUUUCCGGCCACGCUGCUGGCAGAAUGACAGAUUUUUGGGCAUGGCUGCUCUUCUUCUUCAUGCUCGUUUCUAUUGUUGUCAUGGUCAUUUACCAGCUUAUGUGCCUGGCCGAUCUAGAAUUUGACUAUAUCAAUCCUUUUGACUCUGCCUCUAGGAUAAACAAAGUUAUCCUCCCAGAGUUCAUCACACAUGGAAUUUUAUGUUUCCUUUAUCUUGUAACCGGCCACUGGAUUGCCGCACUUCUCUGCGUUCCAUAUUUAUACUACAACGUGACGCUGUACCUAGGAAGACAACAUUUGAUAGAUGUAACAGAGAUUUUCAACAAACUAAAUUGUGAGAAGAAACGGAGGCUUUGGAAGCUUGCUUAUCUUGUUAUCAUGCUCUUCAUAUCCUUAUUCAUCAGUCAGUCCAUGCAAUUUUGGAUGCGAUUUUCACUAUGGGUCAUCCGGAAACAGUCUCUGUGUACUUUAAUAUAGGGGGUAAUAUACAACGCUUUAGAAGAUGAUGAAGACUAGCUGUAGUCUGUAGAGUUUUAUUGUCUCAGUGCAGACAAGUAGACAACAUAUCAAGACUGUUGUUUUGACUGUAAGAGCUCAUGGGUUCAUCCAUUAUUUUAUUGAACCUAUUCAUUCCAUCAUUGUAACAGGAAGUUAUUGUAAGAGUACGUGUUUGGCUAAUCCAUUUUAGCUUGUCUUUGAUUUACUUUUUCUACUUGCUCUCUUGUAUAUUUCUUGCUAGUUGUCAAGGAUUGUUGAGUAAUUCCCCCUCAUAGAUUUACUUUUGUUAUUUCUUAUAUUUUAGCUGAACUAUUUUAAAACAG